AUGAGUGCCAUGAAUUCUGUUUGUUAUGCCGGAGGCAGCAGUGACAGACUUAUACAUGAAGCAGAUCAACUCAUAUCAUAUAUAGAGCGUGGCUCUAGUGUUUUAAAGUUCUUCCCUCGUAAGCGACCAGAAAGACGGACUUUAUCAGUCCGCCGGGAGACGUAUCAAGUGAUCUGGUUCAGACAUGGAACGCCUCAAAGGCACGCAUUUGAGGGAGCCCUCGACAUCAGAGAUAUCAAAGAAGUUAGGGUCGGAAAAUCUUCGAAGGACUUCGAUCGGUGGCCAGAUGAGACUAAGAGGUUGGAGAGCAGCAAAUGUUUUACCAUUUAUUAUGGAACUGAAUUUAAACUGAGAUCAGCAUCAUUUGCAGCUCAAACUGAUAAAGAUUGUGAAGCUUGGAAACAAGGCUUAAAGUUCCUUAUAGAUGAAGCUGUGAAUGCUUCAUAUCCGUUGCUGAUCGAGAGAUGGCUGAGACGUGAAUUUUAUGCAAUUGAAAAUUCACAUGAAAAGAUAACUCUAAAAGAAGUGAAAGCAUUCCUUCCUAAGAUCAAUUGUAAGAUUUCGACGAGCAAGCUGCGAGACAUAUUCCAAGAAGUUGAUGCUGGAAAGAGAGGAGAGAUUGGUUUUGAUGACUUCUCUGUGCUUUAUCACAAACUAAUAUAUGAUGAGAAUAGUGUACACGACCUUUUCGAUAAGUAUUCCCUGUAUUGUACUAACGGCACCACGAUCACGCUGAGGGACUUCCAGCGUUUCCUCGCCAUCGAGCAACACGACCGUCUCGCUGAAGACGAGGCACAGGCAUCCCAGUUCAUCAGGGACUAUCUUAAAGACCCCCAACGUGACAUAUCCGAACCUUACUUCACGCUCAACGAGUUCAUUGAAAUGCUCUUUUCCAAACAAAACACGAUCUGGGACAGUAAACACUCCAAAGUAACACAAGAUAUGACAAGACCCUUGUCACAUUAUUGGAUAGCGUCGUCCCACAAUACAUAUUUAACCGGCGAUCAGUUUUCAAGUGAAUCAUCUCUUGAGGCCUACGUGAGGUGUUUGAGAGCGGGUUGCCGCUGCAUCGAACUAGACUGCUGGGAUGGACCUGAAGGCAUGCCUUUUAUUUAUCACGGCCACACGCUUACAACCAAGAUAAAGUUCAUGGACGUUCUUCGCACUAUCAAGGAGCAUGCUUUCGUUGUAUCUGAUUACCCGCUUAUACUUUCCAUCGAAGACAAUUGCACUCUGCCCCAACAGAGGCGUAUGGCCGCCGCCUUCCAGGAGGUUUUCGGGGACAUGCUGGUAAUACAACCUCUUGAGAAGAACGAAACCAAAUUACCGUCACCGCAAGAUUUACUCAAGAAAAUUAUACUUAAACAUAAAAAGCUACCGGAGGGCGCCGAAGAGAAUUCAUUCGCUGUUCGCCAAGAGGAAGGACGUGAUUUAGAUCUCCGUAACACUAUCAAGAACGGGAUACUACAUCUCGAGGAUCCCGUGGACAAGGAGUGGAACCCGCACGCAUUCGUGUUGACUGAUACCAAACUGUACUAUACGGAACACUACAGCACGCCUGGCGAAACAGAAGUCGACAGUGACGGGGAGACUGACACUGAGAAUGGUUCCGUACCUCAAGACGAGCUGCACUUCGCAGAAUGUUGGUUUCACGGCCGCCUGGCUGGGAACAGACAAGAAGCGGAGGACCUCCUGCGAGCCCACUCCCAUCUCGGAGACGGUACAUUCCUUGUGCGUGAGAGCGUCACAUUCGUCGGCGACUAUUGCCUAUCCUUCUGGCGGCAGGAUAAAGUUAACCACUGUAGGAUAAAGUUGAAACAGGAACGAGGUACUACUAAGUACUACCUGAUCGAAUCAGUAUGCUUCGACAGUCUUUACAGCCUGAUAACUCACUACCGUCAGCAUCCGUUACGGAGUCAGGAGUUCUUGAUUACUCUGAAGGAGCCAGUACCACAGCCGACAAAGCACGAGGCCCAGGAGUGGUGGCAGGGUCAGUGUUCGCGAGCUCAUGCCGAAGAGCUUCUACGCAGGGCUGCCACAGACGGAGCCUUCCUUGUGAGGCACAGCGAAAAGGAGGCUAACUCAUAUGCCAUCAGCUUCAGGACUGGUCGUGAGAUAAAGCACUGCAGAAUCAGGAAGGAGGGCAGGUUAUAUACAAUUGGUACGGUGAAGUUCGAGUCUUUAGUUGAACUUGUGAACUAUUACGAGAAGAACGCUCUUUACAAGAAAGUUAAGCUGUGGUUCCCUAUCAGCGAUAAGAUUGUACGCCGCAUUGCUAAUGAGCCCGACGACAGUUCGGUGUACGGAACCCCCGGAUACAUGGACCCAACGACGUUCACCUCGAAGAUAACAGUGAAAGCGCUGUAUGACUACCGAGCGAGGCAGGACGACGAGCUGUCAUUCUGCAAGCACGCGAUCAUUAGCAAUGUGGACAAGCCGGACGAUGGCUGGUGGCGAGGAGACUACGGCGGCAAGAAACACCACUGGUUCCCCGCGAAUUACGUACAAGAACUGGAACUGCCGCAUGCCCCAGAUAUUGGUCUGGAGAGUGAGAGCGCUGCAUUAGGCUCUUUACAAAAGGGCGUCGUAGACGUACUCGGGGCCGUUGUUGAACUGGUAGUAGGCGAAGAAGGAGGGGCUCCAAGGUGGAUUGUACGUGUACAAAGUCCUACCACCUGCGUUCCGUUCGAUAUGGCAGCUCCUACUCGCGAGAACGCUUUGGAAUGGCUAUCUGCGAUUAAAGAGGCAGCUCAGAGCGCCAGCGCUAGGUCACUGAUGCACCGCAAGAUGGAGCGAACUUGGCGCAUUGCCAAGGAAAUAUCCGACUUGAUAGUGUAUUGCCGGUCGGUGACAUUCAAUCAGGAACGUCUUCGCAACGGUGGCUUCAUCUACAGCGAGAUGUCCUCCUUCCCCGAGACUAAAGCGGAGCGCCUCAUGUGUCAGCAAGAGAACAGCUUUUUCAUGAAAUACCACGCGGUGCAGCUCAGUCGCAUCUACCCGAAAGGUCAGAGGAUCGACUCCUCUAACUACAAUCCGGUGCCAUUCUGGAACGCUGGCUCACAGCUAGUGGCGUUGAACUAUCAGACGCCGGACAAGCCGAUGCAACUGAACAUGGGCAAGUUCAGAGAGAACGGUGGUUGUGGAUACGUUCUGAAGCCGAGCUAUAUGCUUGAAGCCGGGGCUCGCGCUCGGUCGCCCGUCUCCAUUCUGUUGCGUCUUAUUGGCGCGAGACAUCUCUGCAAGUCUGGUCGUGGCACCGCUAGCCCGUUUGUAGAAGUGGAAAUCAUCGGUGCUGAACAUGAUAGCGGGGUUAAGCUUGUCACAAAAACAGUCACUGAUAACGGCAUAAAUCCAAUUUGGAACGACAUCUGCGAAUUCGAGGUUUCGAACCCGGAGUUGGCUCUUAUACGGUUCUUGGUGCAAGACGAAGACAUGUUCGGGGACCCUAAUUUCAUGGGUCAGGCCACCUUCCCCCUGCGAUGCCUUCGCCCCGGAUAUCGAAGUGUAGCCCUCACCAACGGAUACUCUGAGGAAUUGGAGCUAUCAUCGCUCCUGGUUCACUUGUCAUACAUACAUCGCUAA